GUAAUCGUCAUUGAUCUUGAUAAAAUUCUUCUUUAAGAUUUUCAAAAACUUUGAACCAAGAAAGUUAGAACUUUCGAAAAAGUCAUCUUUCUUGGAAUAAAAUUGCUCUCCGAGCUUCUUUUUGAAACGAGAUCGACAUUGAUUUUUGUUAACAUUCCGAGUCAAUGUUGCUUGUAACGUAGCCUCAGAUGGGCUAUAAAACUUCGUUCAUAUACACUCUCCUUCCUUUUAGCGAUGUGUUAUUUUUCUCUUUCAUUUUUAACAGUUUUUGUGAACUCAUUCUAAUUUUAUAGGCUCCAGCAAACGCUCACUCUCCCAUUAUGCUAUUCGUGUUACACUUGUCUCUCGUUUUGCUCUGCCAAAAUGCUUACAGCGCCACACCAGAGCGACAGCGUUUGAAAACGCUGGAGCACGCUUAUCAAUACAAGUCACCGCCUGUGUCAAACACACCUUAUGCACAGCCAGUCAAAUUGCCUAAAGUGCAACAACGACAAAAAUAUCAAUCAACAAAUUUCAAUGGCAUCGGGCCGUUUGCGCAAAAUUAUAGAAACGCAGACUAUGAGCGGCCGUUAUAUGCCGCCGAUGAGCAGCAACAUGGUUAUUUUAAGCAUUUUCAACAAAAACAACAACAACAGCAGCGAGAUAUUGAUAAUAUUUACCAUGCGACAAAGCAGAAAUAUAUGCACCAAUAUAGUUUACCAACAAACGCCUAUCAACUGCCUCAAAACGCAAUCAGCCAAGCGUCACGCCCACCCUUGGCUUCAGAAAUUGUAUACGCCAGAGAAGCAUUGCCCCAGUACCAAACGGGAGUCGCAGCGAGCACCGCACAGGCCGCUAACAAACAUAAAAGCCAUUCCAAUCAGCUAUUGCACGCGCCUGAACGACAAGCUGAGAAGGACACACGACUAGUCUACACCAACCAAUUACCCUAUCCACCGUCUUUUAUCAGCAUCACCAGUACGACAACAACGCAAACACCACCAUACAAUAUGAGGCAGCGUAGUGCUGAUACCGACGAUAAUAAUAUCAAACAAUUUCCAGAUAUUUUCGCCAAACGUCAACAUAUCUCAUUAUUGGACUCGUAUAUACCCAGUUGGGUGAUGUUGCGUAUGCAACAACAACAUAAGCGCCAACAACAAAAACAAUUGCAUAAAUUUUUCGCUACACAUACUUUGGCGUAUCCGAUUUCAAAAACGUAUGCCCAAAAGUAGGCAACAGCGUUUGCUAUGCGCGCGUGGCCUACCUUUAGGCGGAAUUUAUUGCGUAUAUUUUCAGUGUUUAUACUUAUGUAUAUCUGAAUUCGUAGUCA